AUGGCUGACAUUGAGCUGGAUGGCAUUGAGAACCUGGACCUGGAGGAUGAGGAUAACUAUGUUGAAGCUGAUACUCAUGUUGAAGCUGAUACUCAUGUUGAAGCUAAAAACCAUGGUGAAGCUGAUAACCAUGGUGAAGCUGAUAAUAAUGAGGAGGAGCACAACACCGGUGAAAAGGAGAACACUGGUGAUGAAAAUGACUUCACUGAGGGUGAAGCUACUCGUGCAUUGGACGAGGUGGCCCGCAGGGCAGUGUAUGGCGCUAAGAAGCAGGCACAGGGAUCGUUUGAAUGGCCGGAGUUCUGCACCGCGCUAAAAGAGGCAUUCAUGGUCAAGAAGUCUGACCUGGAACUGCGCGGGCGCCUUGAGAGGAUCAAGUGUCGUGACCGUUCGGUGCAGGAAUAUGCGAUCCUGUUUGAGGCCGCAGCACGCUUGCUCCAGAAGCCCUUGUCUGAGGAAGAGAUGAUGCACACCUUCAUGAAAGGCCUCCUUGUCAACCUGCAGCAGGCACACAUGACCGGUGGCAUGACCAACUGGACAACUUACAAGGAGAUGAAGGAGCAGGUGAUCAAAACGGACAACAUCAUUCGCACGUACAUUUAUGGUCCUGCAAAGCCAGACCAGCAGCCCCGUGCUGAGGGCUCUGGUGGUCAUGGGAACCGACUCCAGAAUGCCAAUGGCGGAGGUGGUUUGAACAAGCGACCUUUCCAGCAGUGUGAUCACCAGCCUGGCCCACAGGCCAAGAGGGCUAACGGCGCUGGACCUUCUGGAAAGAAGGAUUUUCAGAAGCCCAACUAG